CAGAGGGUGGUUAAAUCACCGGCGGGCCCGGGCCGGGCCGUGCGGGAGAAGAGAAGCCGGGACGAAGCGGCGGCAGGGCUGCCGGCGGCAGACAGCCCGCUCUGCCGGACGUGUCGGCCGGUUUAAUCGGCUUGAGCGUUUCGAAACCGCGCUGAAAGCCGCUCACGGGGAGCCGCAGGCACAGCGUGCGAGUGCAGCAAGUUCGGAGAAGACAGUUCAAAGCAUCGGUUCUGAGAGUGCCCCUGGUCACAAAGCAGGAAACCUGUCCCUGCAGCUGGGUGAGGAGAGCACAGGUGUCUGCGGUUAGCUGAACCCCGCUGUUUCUUGGAACUCUUUUCCCCCAAAACAACCACUUGAGGAAGCCUCAGUACUAGUGUUCACAAGACUGAUGCCAUUCUGAUGUUGUGGAUUCCAGGGAAUGCUCAGUUUGAAAACACAGUACCGAGACACCAGAGAAAACUGCUUUGUACCAACCUCUGAGAUCAUUGCUGUAGAAGAAGCUGAACUGAACAAAAAACAGCGUAAUAUUGGGAAAUGGCAAAAAAUGGCAAAGCCACAUGCUUUCACAGUGUAUUACGUGAAGAAAUCUCGAAAUCACCGCUGGCGGUGCAGGGAUGUGACGUUUUGGUGUGUUGAUGAGCACUUGUGUAAUCAGUGGAUACAGGCGCUGAAAGAAUUACUUGAAAUGCAGAAGUCUAGACCAAAGCAGUUACUUGUGUAUAUUAAUCCCUAUGGAGGAAAACGACAAGGAAAGAGGAUUUAUGAGCAGAAAGUUGCUCCACUCUUCAGUCUGGCUUCUAUCUCCACUGAUGUUGUUAUUACUGAACAUGCUAACCAUGCUAAGGACAAUUUAUUUGAAGUUAAUAUUAAUAAAUAUGAUGGUGUUGUUUGUGUUGGUGGGGACGGCAUGUUCAGUGAAGUGAUGCAUGGUCUCAUUGGAAGAAUGCAGAAGGACUCUGGCGUAGACCAAAAUAAUCCCAAAGCACCAUUAGUCCAGUGCAAUAUAAGGAUUGGCAUAAUUCCUGCUGGAUCAACAGAUUGUAUAUGCUAUUCAACUGUUGGCAUUUCUGAUCCAGUAACAUCAGCUCUUCAUAUUAUUUUAGGUGACUGUCAGCCUCUGGAUGUCUCUUCUGUACAUCAUAACAACACAUUUUUGAAGUACUCUGUGUCAUUGCUGGGUUACGGUUUUUAUGGAGAUAUAUUAAAAGAUAGUGAAAAGAAGCGGUGGAUGGGUCCAAUGAGAUACGACUACUCAGGCUUCAAGACUUUUCUUUCUCAUCAUUACUAUGAAGGAACAAUUUAUUUUCAACCAGCAACACAUGCACUUGGAUCUCCACGAGAUAAAGAAGGCUGCAGAGCAGGAUGUUACAUUUGCAAGAAAAGUGAGCAGCGGCUGGCAGAACAGCAAAAGGAUCAUGGAUUAAAACAUGAAGAUGAUGCAGAAGAAUGGAAGGUUAUUAAAGGGAAAUUUUUAGCCAUUAAUGCAGUAAAUAUGAGCUGUGCCUGUCCACGAAGUCCAAAAGGUCUUUCACCAGCAGCUCAUUUGGCAGAUGGUUCAGCUGACCUCAUUCUAGUUCGUAAAUGCUCCAGAUUUGAUUUUUUACGGUAUCUUGUCAGACAUACAAACCAAGAUGAUCAGUUUGACUUCUCAUUUGUAGAUGUUUAUCGGGUGAAGAGUUUUCAAUUUACAUCAAAGCUUUCAGAAGAUAAUGAAAGCAAUGUCACAGACAUAGGAAAGAAACAUUUUGGCCAGUUCUGCAGAGAUCAUCCAGCCUGUUGCUGUCAUGUUGCUAAUAGCACCUGGAAUUGUGAUGGAGAAACUCUGGAUAGUUCAGCAAUUGAAGUGAGGGUUCACUGCCAGUUGAUGAAGCUAUUUGCAAGGGGAAUCGAGGAAAACUGUAAAGACAAAGCUGCCUACAGCCAGAGUAGCAUUGAACAAUUACUAUAGACAUUGUUCCUCCAAUGGGGAGAAGAAAAAAUAAAAGCUCAAGGAAAUUGAGUAAAUAUGCAUUUUAGUCAAAUUGACAAGGUUGUGCUUUUUUUUUUAAAUAUUAGUUUGAGUUGUGGGUUUUUUAAUGGCUUCAGUAUAAUUUUAGAUGUCUUAUUGCAUUUUGUCAUUUUUUUUUUAAAUGUUGUAAUCAUGAAAAUAUGUCUUGGAGCAAUGUAAUCUAAGUUAUGUUAGAAAAGAGAGGAUUGGUGUAUAUGUAUGUAUUCACAAUGAUAAGUUCUCUGUGCUUUUCUAGAGAGCUCAUUUAGCUAUUGUGUUGCAAUUAAUAUGUAAAUGUUAUAAAACAUUGGGCUUCCCAUUGUCAUCAAACAAAGAUACCAAGACAAGGUAUUUUCAGUGUCUGAGAAGAUGUUUUCUGCUGGGAUUGUUAAGUAGUGGCAUGUGGCUUAAAUGCUGGACAACAGUCUUGUCAUUUGCAUCUUUUUCUUAGUAAAAUCUUUUGUUUUGAAAUUCUGAUUAUACCUUGCAACUUAUCAAUGCAAUUCAAACACACAUUCCUGGCUUUAAAUAAUAACACUAAGAGUUUAGAAAUACUCUGAAAAAUAGAAGCACAUCAGUAUACAAAUCAUACCUUAUCCUACAUACUCUUUGUAUAAAGGCUUCCUUGCAUGAUGCUUUUUGGGGUUAUAAAAGGUUUUAUGACUGGAUGAUACCAAAUACCACACACUAACUGAAAUGUGUUGCAAGCAACUUGCCGGGAUAUAAUACCAGGCAGGCACAGGCAAAGGAAAACAUAAGUACCUUCUGAAACACCAGCAAGUUUUUAUUUUUUAUUUUUAAAUAUCUAAAAUUAAGAAAUUAAAAGCUUCCCUCUUCAGUACACAAUUCUUUGGAGAUUCUACUACAUACUUUAAAAUGUCUUCACAAAAUAAGAUGCUGGAAUGUUAAGUUUAAACAUACGAUUUGAUGAUGGGAAGUUUUUUUUUAAAAUAAUAUAUAUUUAACUGAAUAUGAAACAAAAUAAUUUGGUUUUUGAUGUCAAGGGAAGAAACUGGCAUCUGUUAAAUCAUGAAUUCACUGUGCUGAUUUGUUUUUUAUAGCAAAAACAUUGGACUAUCGUGUAUAGCUAUGAAGUGACUAUUUAAGUUGUGUAUGGAUUUGUGCAUUGUGACACAUGUGUGUAGGCUUGGGACUAAAUUUUGCUCUUCUUGGAAAUAUUUAUUGCUAUUUGAGGAUCAGAAGUUAGCCUCUGCUCUCUUUUGUCUUAAGUGUGUAGUUCUCUUUAAUGUUGUUUUAUUUUUGUCUGAAUAGCUAGUAAUUCUCUAUUCAUGUAUAUUUAUUGGCACUUCUGUCAUACAGCCUGUGCUAGUUUCAUGUCUCAUGUAUUUCUCUGUGUAAGCCAUGAUAAUUUGUCAUUUGUUACUGAAGCACUUGAAAAUUGUUAUAAAUGACUGAUUUUUUUUUCUAUUGAAAUUACAUUCCAGUUUUGUGUAAUAUCAAAAUGGUGUGCUGUAUCUUUGCUACAAAGUACUGUUCACACAGUUCUAUGUCACAGAAAGCACUGCAACUGGUAUUUGCUCAAAGUACAGUCAUACAAAGUUUACUAUUUGUUUUUCAUUAGAUGGUAUAUCAGGGAAAUACUUGAAUACUUUUCCAAAAGUACUGCUGUUUACUUUCCUUAUUAACACAGUGAGUCAAAAUGUUGAUUGAGCCAGUGUUUUUCAGACACUUGUAACAUAAGUGUUAUGUGUAUUUCAUUCUUCAAAGUGUCAUUUGUUUAAAAAGUUAUACAGUUAUUUUUGUCUAUCCAUGAAUAUUGUGAGAGAACCCAGACUUCAAGUUACUGUAAUUCUUGAGCAGGAUAUGGUGGUGCACACUCAGCUAACCAACGGAUGAGGGCGUUUAUGGGGCAUUACAGCUGUCCAGAUCAUGUUCUCAUUAAUGAGAACAGGAGUAAAUACCAACCAGCUCUUUCCAUUAGUUUACUAGCAGGUCAUGAGACUCUUACUUGGAAAAUGGCGGCUUAAUCUGAUUGUGAAUGUAUAUUGAAAUGCUUAGAAUAUUUUUAAUAUCUGAAACUGCGUACUUGGUGCUUCCAAAGGAAGACACAGUGAGGGUUCUCAUUCUGAGGAACAAGCCACCAGAAAAGGAGAAAAGAUCGUUCUGUAGUAAGAUAAUGGAGUGUGAAGUAAAUAACAACGGGGUUGCAACAUAAUAAAAUGGAAAGGUCUUAGGUAAUAGAAAAGCUGCAUAGUUGCAUUUGAGUAAUUCCAUUGUAGCAUAUUAUACUAGCAAAGCACUGUAUGAGUUGGAUGACAUGUCCAGUUUAAUUUUAAGAAGAGAGAUGCAUAAGUAAUGUCUGCGUACACUUUAAUUCUAGGGUUUUUUUCUCUGAAUGUAUUCUCAGUAUGGAAAUUACAUGUAGGAAAACCAGGUUCAAUUUUUCUUUUUUUCCCAAUCUUGCUGGCUUCAAGAUUAGAAAAUGUAUUCUGUUUUAUGACUCCAGGGCAUUUCAUUGAAAAAAAUAAAAAUACAUCAUGCAGCAA